AUGAAUGCCCCCCUGACGAUCAAUGCUUCUUACUUGGUCUACCCAGCCGGGGCAGCGACUGGAGCCGGCAUGGGUUACGACGAAUACUGCUGGCAUUCUCUGGAGGAGAUGGAGCCACUUCAUUGCUCCAAAGGGUUCCUUGCCCAGGAAGCUUUAAGCGGCCAGGAGGAAAAAGCUCUUCGUAAUAACCCAGAUCUCUCUCCAAGGUCCUCCAGCUCUGGCGUAUUCACUCUUUACACACCAGAUUCUGCCACCAGCCCCAACAGGCAACUCUCUUCCCCACAGCCAUCUUCUACUCCCCAGAGACGCAAAGAGGAAAGUGCAGGAGGCAGGAAGGUCAAAACUCGCACUGCUUUUUCUCAAGAGCAACUCCAGAUCCUCCACCACAGAUUCCAGAGUCAGAAAUACCUCAGUCCACAACAGAUCCGGGAACUGGCCUCUGCCUUGGAGCUCACCUACAAACAAAUAAAAACAUGGUUUCAGAACCAACGGAUGAAAUUGAAGAGAACCCAGAAAGAAACACUGUGGAUGAGAAAAGGCAUGUGCCCGUCUCAGAACAGUUACCUGAAUAUAAAUCCCAGUUAUCACCAAGGUUAUGGCAUCAGUGAUGGGAGGAAUGUCCAUUCCUUGGCCAGUGUACAUGAGAACUAUGCUGGCAACCAGAGCUAUGGCAGUGACCACCAGAUCUAUGGUAGUCCACAGAACUUCUGCCCGAUUGUAAGUGGUGAGGAUGGGAGUUUCUUUGGGAAAGCUGCUGGAACUUGUUACAGCCAACAGGCGAUCAGUUACAUCAGCCAGCAAAAGAUGAACUUUUAUCAUGGCUUCUCUGCCAGUGUGGAGUAUGCCACUGUGAAGAUGGAAGAUGGUUAUCCAUUCCCAAAUGUGUCUCCCAGUGCAGCCGCAUUACCAGGCACCUCUGCGCUCCAGCACUAUCAAGCACCUCUGCCAAUUCAAGGAGGUCAGAACACUGCUAGCCCUUAG